AUCGUAGCUGCUGAAUAAUGGUCUCGUGACACAAUAAUUCGCUGCUGUUUUCAUUCCCUUUGGACUCGUCAUUUAUGGAAACCUAGCAGUCCACAUCAAAAUGAUGCGAGGGAAAACAAUAAUAGUUACCGGUGCCAACAGUGGCAUUGGAAAAGCUACAACUGUUGAGUUGCUAAAACAGCAGGGACGUGUUAUCAUGGCUUGCCGCGACCAAGUCAGAGCUGAAGAAGCAGCCCGUGAAGUUGUGGAGGAGGCUGGGCAGGACUGUGGGGAAGUGUUGAUUAAAUACCUGGACCUUGCAUCUCUUCAAUCGGUACACACGUUCUGUGAAGAGAUUAUCAAGGAAGAGUCCAGGAUUGAUGUGCUGAUUAACAACGCAGGGAUAUACCAGUGUCCUUACACUAAGACAGAGGACGGCUUUGAGAUGCAGUUCGGGGUGAAUCACCUCGGCCACUUUCUCCUCACCAACCUCCUGCUGGACCUGCUUAGGCAUUCGGCCCCGAGCCGCAUAGUUGUGGUGUCGUCGAAACUCUACAAAUAUGGUGAGAUUAACUUUGACGACCUGAACAGUGAGCAGAGCUACGACAAGGCCUUCGCCUAUGCCCGCAGCAAGCUGGCCAACCUUCUCUUCACGUACGAGCUGGCGCAGCAGCUGCAGGACACUGGGGUGACCGUCAACGCCCUCACUCCGGGGAUCGUCAGGACUAACCUAGGCAGGCACGUCCGCAUCCCUCUGCUGGCCAAGCCACUCUUCGACCUGGCCUCCCGGGCCUUCUUCAAGACUCCCCAGGAAGGAGCGCAAACGUCAGUGUACCUGGCCUGCUCCCCUGACGUGGAGGGCGUCCAGGGGAAAUGCUUUGCCAACUGUCAGCCGCAGGAGCUGCUGCCAAAGGCUAUAGAUGAGGACACUGCCAAGAAACUGUGGGACAUAAGUGAAGUUAUGGUCAGGAUAACAACGUGAAAGAAACGCUCAUAAUGGGCUGCUCUUGACCUUUUGUGUUCUUGUACUGUGUGUGUGUGUGUGUGUGUGUGUGUGUGUGUGUGUGUGUGUGUGUGUGUGUGUGUGUGUGUGUGCGCGUGCGCGUGUGCGUGUGUGUGUGCGCGCACACCUUACACAGUAUAGCCUAACACAGAAAGCACAUGGGGUUCUACUUAGUGGAAGUUUGGGUGCACGUAAAGCAACACCAAGUCGUUUUUCCACCUUAAAUAAUAAGGUUUCAAAGAAGAGGCAAAAUCAUUUCUGUGGUCCAUCAACUUGUAACACUUUUGAAUUUGCUUCACUGCCCUCCAAGGGCUGUAACUGCACUAGCUGGGUACAGUAUGUGGAGGAGUGGGGUGCCUUCAGAUAUUUAAUGGGAUGUCAGACUCAGGCCCGGGAGCCAAAUCCGGCCCACAGUGUCAUUUAAUUUGACCUGCAGGAUCAUUUUGAGUGUGUAUGACAGUUGUUUUACCAUUAAUAUAUAGCAAUACAACUUCAACACAAACUUUGGACAUCAAAAGAAUUAUGAGUGGGCCCAGGCCAGUGUAACACCAAAUGCAAACUGAUAUCUCCCACUCAUACAACUGAAAAUGUGCAGGCACAUCUGAACUAUACCUUACAUGAUGGGAAUGUGUUUGCAAGCUUUAAGUGCACAAUUGCAGUCUUUCAGACAUGUUUUUGAAGAUAAAUGUUGAGUUAUGGCUCGCGACUUCAUCCCAGAUUUAGAUUUUUGCCCUGUGAGUUUUAAUUUGAGUUUGACACCCCGGCUAUAGGGCGACUGAAUAGAACUCUGCUUUAAAGCCUUUUGGGUGGGCCAUUGAAGUGCCUUCAUUAGAAAUAUUUCCGCUGACCAAAAUACAGCACUAUCAGCUUUGACUGUGGGUCAAAUGGCUAAGGCGAUGUGCAGUAACGCCUGGGACCGGGGAUCAAUUCCGGCCUGAGCCCCAUUUCAUAUCUUCCCCCGCCUUUGUCUCCCACUCGUUUCCCUUCACUCUCCUACUGUCCAGUAAAAAAUAAAAGCAUAAAAGGCUUAAAACUGUUUUUUAAGAAAAGAAUAUUCACUAUCUGCUCUAGGUCAAGAGGAUUAUUGAUUUCUGACUCAUUCGUAUCAAUGAAUUAGCUCCAUUACUUCCUAUGCCAGUGUUACUUAUGCUGAGUUGUUUUGCACUGAUUAUAUGUUUAAUGAGAUGAAUAUUUAUAGCAUUAUAAAACUGAUGAUUGACUGAACUGUAAUUGUUCUUCACUGAAAUUACCUUGAUGAAGAUUUGUUGGCUGAAUUCAUGUCUGAUUGUUUUGUAUUUAUUAAUUAGUAUUCUUCAUCAAAUCACUGUGUUGAUGCGUUAUUGAAGUCAUGGUUAUACUAAUGGAAAAUAGCAAAAUGAGAAUUCAUCUCACAUGUGCCCUGCUCUUGGCUUGGUUUGUUUACAUGCCUUAAAUCAAACUGUGUUUUUGUUGUUGUUUGCAUGUUUGUUUUUUGUUUGCUUUUUUGAUUGUCAGAUUCUGGCAAAAACUAUAUUACAAAACUUUGCACAAUCCCAGAAUUAAACAUAUCUUCUAAAGCCA